GCUGAGUGGUGGCCGGGUAUGGAGGCGAAGGCGGCACCCAAGCCAUCUGCAGGCGGCACGUGCUCGGUGUCGGCAGAGGAGACCGAAAAGUGGAUGGAGGAGGCAAUGCGCAUGGCCAAAGAAGCCCUCGAAAAUACUGAAGUUCCUGUUGGCUGCCUUAUGGUCUACAACAGUGAAGUUGUAGGGAAGGGGAGAAAUGAAGUUAACCAAACCAAAAAUGCUACUCGACAUGCAGAAAUGGUGGCCAUCGAUCAGGUCCUCGAUUGGUGUCGUCAAAGUGGCAAGAGUCCCUCUGAAGUAUUUGAACACACUGUGUUAUAUGUCACUGUGGAGCCGUGCAUUAUGUGUGCAGCUGCUCUCCGCCUGAUGAAAAUCCUGCUGGUUGUAUAUGGCUGUCAGAAUGAACGAUUUGGUGGUUGUGGCUCUGUUCUAAAUAUUGCCUCUGCUGACCUACCAAACACUGGGAGACCAUUUCAGUGUAUCCCUGGAUAUCGGGCUGAGGAAGCAGUGGAAAUGUUAAAGACCUUCUACAAACAAGAAAAUCCAAAUGCACCAAAAUCGAAAGUUCGGAAAAAGGAAUGUCAGAAAUCUUGAACAUGUUUUGGUGAAAGAACCAAGUGACCCAAAGUGACCUGGACAAGAUUCAUAGACUGAAAGCUGUUGACGUCGUUGAAUCAUAUGUUUAUAUAUUGUUUUUAAUCUGCGGGAAAAUGGUGUCUCUCAUCAUUUGCUCUGUUAAGGGAACAAAUUAGCACUUUUUAGAAGUCUGACAAUUGUAAACAGUUAUUAGCUUUUCCACAAGCUGAUUCCCAUUUUAAGAUGGGGGAAAAUUAAGGUUUGAGGUUUUAGAAAUUAGCAAGUAGUACGUACCCCUCUAGCCACAAGUGCCCAGUCCAGGCAAGUGCUGACUUUUUAGAGAAUGUGUGGCCAGACCCAGGGACCUGGAGUGUGUCUGGACUGCAGUUUGCCACCCUGAGAACACCUUCUCCAGGACUGGCAUUUCAGAGUCAGAUUCUUCAUUUUUUUGCAGCUGCGAUGUUCUCCCAGGGCACUGGGGGCUGUGACUUCUCUCUAAAUUGUAUAUAAGUUGUGUAUAUAGAGAUCGUAAUUAUAUGGUCCUUAGAAAAGACUUUGCUUUUAUAAAGCAUUUAGAGAAAAUGCAUACUUUUAAAACAAGUGCUUGAGUUGUCACUUAAAAAUUAUAGCAUAUUGCUAUAAUAAAACCUUAUUUAUGUCUUAUUUGAAGAUGAAUAGUCUUAAAAGAUAAAGACAUAAAUGGGACAAUUGUUAUUGAGCAAAAGACCAAAUUAUCCCGCCCUCGUGGAGCUUAUAUUCUAGCAAGGGGAGAUGGAUAUGAUAGAUUACACAGUUUAUUGGAGGACAAUAAGAGUUACGGCAAAAAGCAAAAGGAACACAGGGUAAAGGGGAUCGGUGCCAUUUGGUGGUGAGAAUACUGACUGAAAAAUAGAAUGGUCAAUUUAAUCUGAAACAAACAGUUAUUUCUUUUAAGAUCCAUAUAAUAAAUUUAAAAUCUAAAAUGUAAAACUUUGAACACAACACUGGAAAGGGUAUCCACAGCAGGAAGUCCCCAGUUCACCUCCCUGACUACAGGGCAGCUUUGCACAGCCCCACUGGGCGCACUGUGUGCCUCUGCCCAGAAGGGGGCCUCGCCGUUCCACCAGAAGCUCAGCUCCAAUCCCUGGAGGGGCUGCUGCUCCUCAGUUGCAUUUCUUCAGUAGAUUCAUUUCCUUGAUGCAAAGCAUCUGUAUUUGUUGGUUCUGUCAUUUGAGCGAUGUCUCUGACUUGUUUGUUUUGAAUUACAUUACAGGCUGGAAUGUAAUUGUGGUGAAAGUAUUUUUAUAUUGCUGAGAGUAGCAGCUAAUCACAGUUACAUGCUUCAGAGGACUUAUAAUUGCUUGGUUUUGUGUGUGUGUGUGUGUGUGUGUGUGUUUUUAACUGCAUUUGAAAAGUUUUAUGGAGAAUAUGCAUGAUUUUAAAUCUGUGAUAAUGUUACGUGCACCUUCAAUUUCAUCCACUUUAAAAAUUAUCUUCUCAUUAAAUUUUAGUGCUUUGACUAGUUUGUUCCUUUUUGCAGUUGGUCGUAAUUCAUUUCUGGCUUCUUAUGCUUUUCUGCAAGCAGAUUUCAUUGCAUUUAUUGUGUUCAUAUCAUUUUCUUGGGGAUUAUUUGUAGGACAACCAACCUGGAGUUUUGCCUCUGUGGAGUACCGCCCAGUAAGUCUGGCUGAGCAUCUUAUGUCCAGUAGGUUCUUGGUAAACAUUUGCUAAAUGAAAUUACUGAUUGAAAUUUGGGGAAAAGUGAAUAAUAAGACUAUCUAGAACAAAAAGCCAAAGCCGAAAAUAGUAUAUGAGUAUUCUAGCCCAGAGACUGUCACUACUAAAAGAAUCAAGGAAAUAAUAAAAUGAUAGACAGGGAAGAAUAGAAAAGACUUAACAAUACACUUAUGUUCCAUCUUUGCUGUUUUGGAGAAUGGUGGAUAAGUAGUGUUUCCUGAUUCUGAAGCAUAGCUGAACAAUUUAAUUGUGGUUUAGCACCUUUUUGGUUCCCUCUUCAGUGAUUGACCUAUCGAAAAUCUGUCCUAAAUGUUUGGACUGGGGCACAGUUCCCUCCAUCACUUUGGGGGAAAAUCAUUAAUAUGGCAUACUGCAGAUUGGAGGGCAGGACCGCUGAGGGUGUCAUAGACAUUAGCUCUGUGGAAUUCUGCUAGCAUUUCCAAGUGAUGAUGAGGAAUUAUAGAUAUAUGUUGAGGUCAUUCAGCUUCCUGAGUACCACAUUCCCCAGCUACUUAGACAUGGGUUAAAAUAUUAAGAUGUCCUAGUUCAAAAGCUUGAAUUCAAUUGAUUGAUACUGAUAGUGCCUGUCCAAGAGACCAGCUGAAAGAUUUGUUUUGUGUACAAAAUAGUUCUGAAAGUGGUGAGAUACAAAAAGGUUUUAGAAUCACUGCCCUGUUGAGAGAAGUUAGGGGGAAAUGAUUACAUUUAGAAGCUGCUAGAGUUAUCCAGUGUUUGCUGGUCUUUGCAACAAACUGUGGAGAAUGUGUGGUAUGUAAUGCUUUGGUAGGCUUCAAUCACUGAUAAAAGAUCAUGUUAAAAUA